CUCUAACAAUCCAGAUGGCAAAUUCUAUGAAUGGCAGAAACCCUGGUGGUCGAGGAAACCCCAGAAAGGGUCGAAUCUUGGGUAUCAUUGAUGCUAUUCAGGAUGCCGUUGGCCCCCCCAAACAAGCUGCAGCUGAUCGCAAAACUGUGGAGAAAACUUGGAAACUUAUGGACAAAGUGGUAAGACUGUGUCAAAACCCCAAACUCCAGUUGAAAAAUAGCCCACCGUAUAUACUUGAUAUUUUACCUGAUACGUACCAGCACUUGCGACUUAUCUUGAGUAAAUACGAUGACAACCAAAAGCUCGCCCAACUGAGCGAGAAUGAGUAUUUUAAAAUCUACAUUGACAGUCUAAUGAAAAAGUCAAAACGAGCUAUAAGACUUUUCAAAGAAGGCAAGGAGAGGAUGUAUGAAGAACAGUCACAGGACAGGCGGAAACUCACGAAGCUGUCCCUCAUCUUCAGUCACAUGCUGGCGGAAAUCAAAGCAAUAUUUCCCUCCGGUCAGUUCCAGGGCGAUAACUUCCGCAUCACAAAAGCAGAUGCUGCUGAGUUCUGGAGGAAGUUUUUUGGUGACAAAACUAUUGUACCCUGGAAAGUGUUCAGACAGUGCCUCCAUGAGGUCCAUCAGAUUAGCUCUGGCCUAGAAGCAAUGGCUCUGAAGUCAACAAUUGAUUUAACUUUCAAUGAUUACAUUUCAGUAUUUGAAUUUGAUAUUUUUACCAGGCUGUUUCAGCCUUGGGGCUCCAUUCUCCGCAAUUGGAACUUCUUAGCUGUGACGCAUCCUGGGUACAUGGCGUUUCUCACUUACGACGAGGUGAAGGCGCGCCUGCAGAAGUACAGCACCAAACCCGGGAGCUACAUUUUCCGGCUAAGCUGCACUCGCCUGGGGCAGUGGGCCAUUGGCUAUGUGACUGCGGACGGGAACAUCCUGCAGACCAUACCUCACAACAAGCCUCUGUUCCAGGCCCUGAUCGAUGGCAGCAGGGAAGGCUUUUAUCUUUAUCCUGAUGGGAGGAGUUAUAAUCCCGAUUUAACUGGAUUAUGUGAACCUACACCCCAUGAUCACAUAAAAGUUACACAGGAGCAAUAUGAACUAUAUUGUGAAAUGGGCUCCACCUUCCAGCUCUGUAAAAUCUGUGCAGAAAAUGACAAGGAUGUCAAGAUUGAGCCCUGCGGGCACUUGAUGUGCACCUCUUGCCUCACUGCCUGGCAGGAGUCAGAUGGCCAGGGCUGCCCCUUCUGUCGUUGCGAGAUCAAAGGAACAGAGCCCAUAAUUGUGGACCCCUUCGACCCCCGAGAUGAGGGCUCUAGGUGCUGCAGCAUCAUUGACCCCUUCGGCAUGCCCAUGCUCGACCUGGAUGACGACGACGACCGGGAGGAGUCUUUGAUGAUGAACCGCUUGGCAAAUGUUCGAAAGUGCGCUGACCGGCAGAACUCACCAGUCACGUCCCCCGGAUCCUCUCCCCUCGCCCAGAGAAGAAAGCCCCAGCAAGACCCGCUGCAGACCCCGCACCUCAGCCUGCCCCCCGUGCCCCCUCGCCUGGAUUUGAUCCAGAAGGGCAUAGUCCGGUCUCCCUGUGGCAGCCCAACGGGUUCUCCAAAGGGGGGGCCGCGCGCUGGGGGACGGCUCCCCGAAGCCCGGUGUGAACGGCAGGCACAGCAGGGUGGGCUCCGACCCGGUGCUGCUGCGGAAGCCCCGACGCCACGACCCGCCCUGCGAGGGCGCCAAGGUCUUCUCCAACGGCCACCUGGGAAGCGAAGAGUACGACGUCCCUCCGCGGCUCUCUCCUCCCCCUCCCGCCACUGCCCUGCUCCCCAGCAUAAAGUGUACUGGUCCAUUAGCAAAUUCUCUUUCAGAGAAAACAAGAGACCCAGUAGCGGAAGGUGACGAUGAAUACAAGAUUCCUUCAUCCCAUCCAGUGUCCCCGAAUUCACAGCCAUCUCAUUGUCAUAAUGUAAACCCUCCUGUUCGGUCCUGUGAUAAUGGCCAUUGUAUGUUGAAUGGAAUGCAUGGUACGUCUUCCGAGAUGAAGAAGUCCCACCUCCCUGAAUUAGGCAUAUAUUUAAAGGGAGAUGUUUUUGGUUCAGCCUCUGAUCCAGUGCCAUUACCAGCUGCCCGGCCCCUGACUCGGGACAGUCCAAAGCCUGGCUCUUCGCUCAACAGGACGCCCUCUGGCUAUGACCUUCUCAUCCCUCCAUUAGGUGAAGAUGCUUUUGACGCCCUCCCCCCGUCCCUCCCUCCUCCCCCACCUCCUGCAAGGCAUAGUCUCAUAGAACAUUCGAAGCCCCCUGGCUCCAGUAGCCGACCAUCCUCAGGACAGGACCUUUUCCUUCUUCCUUCAGAUCCCUUUUUUGACCCAGCAAGUGGCCAAGUUCCUUUGCCUCCUGCCAGAAGAUUACCAGGAGAAAGUGUCAAACCCAGCAGAACAUCCCAGGAUUACGACCAGCUUCCUUCUUCAUCAGAUGGUUCACAAGCACCAGCCAGACCUCCCAAACCAAGACCCCGCAGGACUGCGCCCGAAAUUCACCACAGAAAGCCCCACGGGCCUGAGGCAGCGUUGGAAAAUGUCGAUGCAAAGAUUGCAAAACUCAUGGGAGAGGGGUACGCCUUUGAAGAGGUGAAGAGAGCCCUGGAGAUAGCCCAGAAUAACGUGGAAGUGGCCCGCAGCAUCCUGCGAGAAUUUGCCAUCCCUCCUCCCAUCUCCCCGCGUCUGAAUCUAUAGCAGCCAGAACUCUCAACACCAAAACGCAGAGCAGUGGACAGCUCUUCCCCGAGGCCGGAGGGAGAGGCCGAGGUGGGUUCGGAGGAGGCCUCCGCCUCACGGGCGUCCUGAGAAGGGAGGCUGGAGCCAGCUCCUGGAGAGCGCUGCGUGCCGGGACGCCGCCGCCGCGGCCCGUCGCUAGCCAUACUUUUAAAUCAGGGUUGAACUGACAAAAAUAAUUUAAACACGUUUACUUCCCUUGAACAUUGAGUCUGUGAAACGCUUUUCCUUGUUUACAAGUCGGCAAAGUCGCGGUUUUGUCUUUGAUACCUGUACCGUGUUCCCACAGCCUUCGCAGAGUGCUCCGGUCUGCUGUAACAUUUCUCAUAACCGGAACCUCUUUGCUGCCACGUCAGCAGCAGAAUCACCUCUUCGUGUGGUCUCCACCCUCUGCGUCCUUCCCCGGCCCCAGGUCCGCGUCCAUUUCUACCAUUUACGAAAUGCUUUAAAGGUUCUGACUUUCAACAUAUCAAACUGAUGCAAAAAACUGCGUGCGCGGUCUUCACUACUGAGUCUUUUCUUGGAAACCAUCACUUUUGAGAUGAGGAAAAACCUGAAUGUACCAAACAUUUAUUUGUUAAUAAACUGCCUUUUAUAAGGGGUUUUUACCUAAUAUAGAGGAGCUUGCCUUGUUAGUUGAAGUUUUAUAACCUGUAAUUUUCCAUAUUGUCCACCUCUGUCAGCCCAGGGGCACCAUCGCACUGCACAAAUCUAAAAUACUAGAAAGCAACUACUGCAGAUACCAGACUCACUUGCCCAGAACGUGCCAUGAUGAAAUCGUCUGUGAGGCCCUCAGGCGUUUACACCUGCGUUAUUUUGGGCAUGCUGGGUGAGAGGGCCGCCUUCCCGAAAUACAGGAAUACACUUCUGCUCAAUCCCGCAUCCGCUGCGCCUUCUCCAGAGUCCAGCGGAGAUCUUCUCCCGUUGGGGGACGUUACCGCGGCUCCGAGCAGCUGUGGGAGCCACCUCCGCUGCAGCGGAGACGCGAAGUCUUUAACGCGCUGUUAGGUGCCGAUGCUACUGUGGCGGUUGUGUCUUGUUUUGGUUUUUUGUUUUUUUGUGGGGUUUUUUUGCGAAGUUCUUAGUAAUUUUCUCUCCAAUCAAAUUAGGGUUCGUAUGUAAUUUGUAGAUUCAUCAGUCCAUAUUGCACCCUCCAGCCAGGUGAGAGUAAUAAAUAGCUUUGCCUUUUUUGCAGAACUGCGGUUGGUUCCUCAGCAAUUGUGCUACUACUUUGAAUACAUCUACACAUAUGAAUUAUGCAUCUGCGGUGUAUGUGGCGCUGUUAGGUGCUGUGUUUUUAAGCACAAACUCUCACAAUCCGAUUCCAGCAUGAUGUUUUAUUAGUUUUUAAGAUGCAUUUUGAUGGCAAAAGUCUGGUGGACAAAACCUAGAGGUUUUGCACCAGAGCCUUCGAAUUUUCCAGAUACGUGGUCUUUUUCAUUCCUAAUGAGAAGUUAGUGGAGAAAUGAGACAAAACUCUGUAAAAUGCUUGAACCGGCGGAACAUUUUCUAAACAUGGACUCAUUGUGGGUUUGUGCAUGUUUCUGCCACUCUUCGCACCCAGUGUGAUGUAAAAAAAAAUGUAUUAGUUUGAGGUCAGGACUCAGGAGGACAACAGGUCACAUCGGAUGGAUCUGGUUAAUUUAAUAUGCAGGCUGUGUUGACCCAGGGAGGGGAACGAGAGCGUUUCCUUGCAAAGUGCCAUGUGCCUGUUCUCACAGUCUGGCUCUCAUGGCAAGAGAGGAUACUUGAGGAUUUGUGCAAGCCUUGGACAGUUUUUGCACUUAAAUAAAUUUCUUGUGAUUUUGAGCUAGUUUUGUCCCUGAGGGGAAUUUUUAAUUUGCCUUAUAUAUUCUUCCUGUGAGUAGGUAUGAGUACAGUCUUUAUACAUUGAAAAUGCAUUGGAUAAUUUUUUUUGCUUUCUGAACUCCAAGUUGUGUCAUCAUGACUUUUCAUUUAUUGUCGAUGUCACAUUGGCUUUGUUGUGUGUUGGUGAGGGUAGGUACAGUCUGAGACCCCAAAGUUGCCACUUCGUUGUGAUAAUAUUGCCAUAACGUUCUUAAUAGAUGAGGGCAUGAUGUCGGAGAAGAACAUCAGGAAGCAUAGCAUAUUCCCAUUCAGUUUUCAAAUAACACAUUAAAAUUUUCAGUGCAAAGUGAAAGAGAAAAGACAGCGCUGUACAUUUGGACCGGAAGUUCAGGGCAAACCCUUUCCCCGCCCCCACACAAGCUCUGCACCUUGUACUCAGUAGCGAUCAUUCAUUUUGUCUUCAACCAUACUGAAUCACAGAGUCAUACAGAAGAGAAUGGAAAGGACUCUUUCCCUCAAACACUGCCAUGAAGACUCCUAGCUACCUAUUGCCUGUGACAUCACUCAGAAUAUUUUUAAAGAAAUAUUUAAACAAAAAUAUUUUUUCAUUAUAAAAGUAACUACCUAUUAGUGCUUGAAGGUGAUCCAGACGUAGUUUCACUGUGAUCUAGAAAGUUAAACAUUCCUCCCAUUUCUCAAAAUUUGCUAAUGCAAUACAUUUACAGAUACUAAAACCAGUAUUUAAUAUCUGUAAGAUGAAAUGAUGGCCAAUAUGAACCCUCGUCACCAAAUAUGUUCUAGGGGUGAGAGGGUUUGUCUUCAUUAACAUUUCAGUAAGUUUAUCUCCAGUCUCUUGUUUUCCCUUUGAUAGUUGAUGCACUAUAGCCAAAUUUCCUAGAAUAAAAUGAAGGCAUUGAUGCUUAACUUGAACUUGCGCAGAUCUGACCCAUUUCCCCUUGCGCACACUGCAAACAGACUUUGAAAUAAAGCCCUGAUUGCAAGCUCAGAGGGCCCACUUGCUAACUCAGUAUGUCACACACCAGGAACGAUUCCCAAAAGUUUCUUUAUAAUGUGAAUUUUCUUGAUUGUUCAGUUCCAGAAGCAUUUCUUGUACAUGACUUUUCUUCUCACAUUAUCAACUUGAAGUUUUAAUUUGCACUGAGUAAUCUGGUUCAAACAUACCUUUCUUAAAAUGACAGAUCUGGAAGCAAAGUACAGUACAUUUUAAAUAAUACAGGUACUGCCUGUUAACCUGGGAUUUUAGUGCUUCUAGGAAGUUUCCAGAAAAAGACAGCAAUAGAGCAAAGGCUUUCCUUUCCAG